AUGGCCUCUUUGGUCAUGUGGACAAGGUGUCUGACUUCAGAUCAGAAGGAACAUGGUUUGAAUGACUUCCAGGAACAUGGUUUGAAUCCCAGCAUGGAAACUGACAAGGUUAAUGUCAUGUGGACAAGGUGUCUGACUUCAGAUCAGAAGGAACAUGAUGAAUCAUCUACAUCAGCCAACAUCCCCUACAACAGCCGACAUCCUCUACAACAGCCAACAUCCUCUAUUAUAGACAACAACAGCCAACAUCUGCUACAACAGCCGACAUCCUCUACAACAGCCAACAUCCUCUAUUAUAGACAACAACAACAACAGCCAACAUCUGCUACAUCAUACCACACAACAUCCUCAACAACAGCCAACAUCCCUACAACAGCUGACAUCCUCUACAACAGCCAACAUCCUCUCUGCAGUAGGCAACAACAACGGCCAACAUCUGCUACAUCAUACCACACGUCCUCUACAUCAGACUACAUCCAAUACAUCAGACAACAUCCUCAACAACAGCCAACAUCCCUACAACAGCUGACAUCCUCUACAACAGCCAACAUCCUCUGCAACAACAUCCUCAACAACAGCCAACAUCCCCUACAACAGCUGACAUCCUCUACAACAGCCAACAUCCUCUGUAGUAGGCAACAAUGCUUGGCCAACAUCUGCUACAUCAUACCACGUCCCCUCUACAUCAGACUACAUCCAAUACAUCAGGACAACAUCCUCAACAACAUAACAUCCCUACAACAGCUGACAUCCUCUACAACAGCCAACAUCCUCUGUAACAACAUCCUAACAAUAGCCAACAUCCCUACAACAGCUGACAUCCUCUUACAACAGCCAACAUCCUCUGCGGUAGGCAACAACAACGGCCAACAUCUGCUACAUCAUACCACGCCCUCUACAUCAGACUACAUCCAAUACAUCAGACAACAUCCUCAACAACAGCCAACAUCCCCUACAACAGCUGACAUCCUCUCUACAACAGCCAACAUCCUCUGCAGUAGGACUAACAAACAACGGCCAACAUCUGCUACAUCAUACCACGUCCUCUACAUCAGACUACAUCCAAUACAUCAGACAACAUCCUCAACAACAGCCAACAUCCUCUACAACAGCCGACAUCCCCUACAACAGCCAACAUCCUCUACAACAGCCAACAUCCUUCUGCACCAACAUCCCCUACAACAGCUGACAUCCUCUACAACAGCCAACAUCCUCAGUGUAGUAGCCAACAUCCUUCUAACGGCCAACAUCAUCAUCAUACCACAUCUGCUACAUCAUACCACUCCCUCUACAUCAGACUACAUCCAAUACAUCAGACAACAUCCUCAACAACAGCCAACAUCCCCUACAACAGCUGACAUCCUCUACAACAGCCAACAUCCCUCUGUAGUAGGCAACAACAACGGCCAACAUCUGCUACAUCAUACCACGCCCUCUACAUCAGACUACAUCCAAUACAUCAGACAACAUCCUCAACAACAGCCAACAUCCCCUACAACAGCUGACAUCCUCUACAACAGCCGACAUCCUCUACAACAGCCAACAUCCUCUGUAACUACAUCCAAUACAUCAGACAACAUCCUCAACAACAGCCAACAUCCCCUACAACAGCUGACAUCCUCUACAACAGCCAACAUCCUCUGUAGUAGGCAACAACAACGGCUAACAUCUGCUACAUCAUACCACGCCCCUACAUCAGACUACAUCCAAUACAUCAGACAACAUCCUCAACAACAGCCAACAUCCCCUACAACAGCUGACAUCCUCUACAACAGCCAACAUCCUCUGUAG